AUGGCUGAGGGAAAGUGUACCCAGAAACCCGUCACCUGGCCGGAUCGAUCCGAGUAUACUGACAAGUACAUACUGCCAUCUUUGACACCAGCCAAACCUGACCCCUGGAGUGGUCAGAAGCACACUGACCAGUCAGGCCGACCACGGACACCCAACGAUCCGUACACAGUGCUUAACGAACAGCAGCUGAAGAAUUUGAAAAAGGAUGCCUCGCCAUUUUUCAUGUACGAAAACGUGCCUGGUGGCACAGGAUCUAAGAGAUGUCCCACAGUCCUGCCAGCUCCCAUUGACCGGUUCGCUUAUGACACAAGUCAGUAUCUGUUUCGAGAUACACCUCCUCGCUCCCACCCCCACUGUUGGAUCGGAGAUCAGUGGACGAGGGAAGCACCUGGGCAGCACAACACAAGCCGGCUGGGUUCAUCAUUGUCUUGGGGGCUGUCAAAAACCGGGGAGAGAACGAUCAGCCACUUCCACAAGGAGGAUGUCUAUCGCUACCUGAACAUUGAUGUGUACAAGCGGCCCCCAACCAACAUGCCAGCUUUUGUGGCAAUGAAAUAUGGCAGACCAACCGAUGGAUACUACCAGCAGAGAAACCCAAAUUUCAACACUUGGUUUGGCUCCACUCACAAACUGAAUGAAACCAACAUCCUGACCCACAUUCACCCUAAGACAGUGGCGGAGUGCCAGCAGUUCCGGGAGCUCCAGCAGAACUAUGGCAGACACCUGGCCUCCAAGUGGCCGGAGAUUUCUGAGUACUCGGACAGGUACCUGCUACGAACUAAAGAAGAAAUACAAGCAGACAAAAUGGAAGCCAGGAAACAGUUUCACAGAGAAAAGAGAAGACAGGAGGCAGACGCUCUACUCCAGGCACAAGCUCAACAAUUGGAGACUGCCCCACAAGUCCAGCCAGUGGCUGCUUGA